UUAAAAAUGCUCCUCUGAUAAUAGUCUUCACGAGCAUGUAUACGCGUAUAUACAAAAAGCUUCUCUAAAUAGUUCAAAAUAGAUUUAUCGUUCUUUAAUCGUAUGUAGAAUAUAAUUUAGUAAAAAAAUGUCAAAAAACAUACGAAUUUGUAUAACUCCUCAUACAGUGUGUAGAUCCAUUUGUUCUAGUGAUACAAUGUACAAAAGUUAUGUAGCAAGAGAAAGUAAAUUCAUAUCAAAGUUACUCAAUAGAAAUGAACCUAAAAGAAAGUGGUAUAAUAAUAAUACACCUGCUUCUUUGAAUCCUUACACAAGCUCUCAGAAGAAACAACAAUCCUCGAUAUACGUAAAGAGAAGGAUAGACGUACUUAACAAAUUGUUUAUGAAACAUAUAACUGAGUUAAUGUCAACUAGUGAAAUUGCAUCUGAAUUGUACGACCGUGGUGUUGAAGUAACAUAUGUGAGUAUGACUUCAGAUUAUAAAAUUCUUAACGUGUUUUGGACAUUUGAAAAGGAGGACGAUAAGAAUUGGCCAAGAAAAAUCGAAGAAGUAUUGGAUAAAUAUUCAUUUAUUUUACGUCAUGAACUAUCACAACUCCGUGUGAUCAAUUAUGUACCCAUUAUUAAGUUCGUGAAAGAUAUAAUGAUUUCUAGAAUAAAAAACGUUGAAAAAAGAUUUGCAAUGUUUGAUUUUGAUAAAGAUCAUAAAGAAACUGAUGAUACAAUUAUACAAUCAGACAUUACUAAUGAUAAUAAAACUGAUAAUUCUACUGAUAAAAAUCAAAUUAUAUUACCACAAAUGAAGCAUGAUGUUCUAGGAUUGGAUCACCAUGGAAUCAUGUUAAAGAUUAAAAACUCUAUUUAUAAAUUAAAAAAUCAUACAAGUAGAGACAAGAUGUUAAAUAGAGAAUCAGAAAAAAUGAUGGAUCCUUUGUCUACUUCUCUUGAUAACAAAGAUACUCUUAGAUACGAAAAUCAACAAGAAUUAUUUAUUGAAUUCUUGAAGAAGAGAAAAAUAGAGGAGAGACGAAAAUAUAGCUUUAAAAACCCUAAAAGAGUGGUAAAAAAUCCAUUUUUAACACAUGAUGAUGCUGAUGAUAAAAAUACAGAAACAUACUUUGACGACAACUUUGAAAGUACCUACAAUAAAAUUGAUGAACAUGAUUUUGAAAAAGAAAAAUUUUAAUAGAAUAAUCAAUCAAUGAAUUAAUUGAUACAUUCUUUUAUUAUUUUAUAUAAAUAUAAUACUUAAGUGGAACAUUUUAAUUAUUUAUACAUAAUAAUUUAAUUACAUUAUAUAAAUCUGUUAAUCAACUAUUAUACAAACAAAGAAUACGAAAAUCUUAUUAUCUAAUAAUCUUAGAAUAUUUUAAUUGAUUUAAUUGUACUUUGAUUAAUAUUGUUAAAAUUACGUUCCACAUAGCAUAUAAUGUAGUUGUACAUGUACAAAGUAUUAUUCCUUUGGUAAUUCUUUUCUGUUGGAAAAUUUCAAUUGUUAAAAAUUGCUACACAGUAGAUAAAACAAAAAAUAUUUAAUAUAAUAAAUGUUAUCGAUAUAUUACACAUGGAUAGAAACUAUCUUGUUCGGAGAACUUUUAAUUCCUCCUGAAUGUAUAAUUUUUGACAAGAGCCAAAUCAAUUAAAUUACAAUUCAUUUUUUAUUUAAACAUAUUGUCAAAAUAGAAAAAUCAAAAUCAAAAUAAGUAUAGAUUAACAGUGCUUUAAUACAGAAAUAUAAUUAGAGGAAUUUUUGAAAAAUGGUAUUAUAUAUAUAUAACUGUUUAAUAACAUUUAUGAAUUCUGAAUAUAUUAUAUAAUAUCUGUG